AUUAGGUAUAAAUUGGCAAUGUAAUCUGUAACAAGACAUCAAUUUGGGCAAGCUUGUCUUACGAAUACUUACCAAAACAUAUUUCCAAACUUCGAAAUUUCAACAAAUUUACGAAAAUGAAGUUAAUCAUUUUAACGGUUUUCGCAUUCGUGCUGGUGGCCGCAGUAGCUGCAAAGUCAAAAGAUCAUCCCCAGGGAAGCGACGUAGGAGGGAAGUUGCCCCCCAAGGUGACCACGCCGGCACCAUCCAACAAGACCAACGUCGCCCAUAGUCGCGAAGAGAGAAGAUCCGGGAACAAUAAUAAUAACAACAAUAACAAUGGUGGAAGUCGACGAGGAAACAAUAAUAACAACAAUAAUAACAACGGACGAUUUGCUCGAAGGAUGGGGGGUAACAACAAUAAUAACAAUAACAACAAUGGGGGCAGUCGACGAGGAAAUAACAAUAACAACAAUAACAACAAUGGACGCUGAGUCCGAAAUGUGUGAACCUUUCGUUUUCUUCAAACAAAUCGUUUUAGCAAGAUAUCAAAUCUCCAUACAAAUCAAUUUUGUUUAAUCACUUUGAAAUACAGGUCCGUGUCUGAGUUUAGAAAAAUGGUAAUUUAAAUACGAAUAAAGAAAUAGUCAAGCAUUUAAUAAUUGAA